CGACACGUCCCCCAGAAUUUAGAACCAACCCUCGGCCACCAACACCACCAGCACCACCAGCACCACGACGGACAUUCACGAUUCUCGCCCCGAAAACCCCACAUUGCAUCCUCUCAAAGACGAAUAAAACGAUAAACUAUGGCCUACGAAGGACGUGUUGGCUCGAAGAUGGGUGGUGGCGGUGUCGCCUCGCACUCCGCCAGCAACCAAGACCGCCGCGAGCGUCUGCGCAAGCUCGCGCUCGAGACUAUCGAUCUUGACAAGGAUCCAUACUUCUUCCGCAACCACGUCGGCUCCUUCGAAUGCCGUCUCUGUCUCACCGUGCACCAGAACGAUGGAUCCUACCUCGCGCACACACAGGGCCGCAAGCACCAAACGAACCUUGCGCGGCGCGCCGCGCGCGAGGCAAAAGAAGGGAAAAACCUAGAUCCGAUAACCGGUCUACCGCAGGGGAUGAUCGGGCAGCAGUUGAUCGCGCCACGGAAGAACUUGAUCAAAAUCGGACGGCCGGGGUACAAAAUCACCAAGAUUCGAGAUCCGGUCACGAGGCAGCUUGGGCUGUUGUUUCAGCUGCAGUACCCCGAGAUCGGUACGGAGAUUAAGCCCAGGUACCGGUUCAUGAGUGCGUUUGAACAGCGCAUCGAGGUCCCCCCGGAUAAAAACUAUCAGUACCUACUGGUCGCUGCGGAACCGUACGAGACUGUCUCGUUUAAGCUGCAGGCGAAGGAGGUGGAUCGGAGCCCGGGGAAGUUUUGGACGCAUUAUGACGCCGAUCAGAAGGAGUUCUUUCUGCAAUUGUUCUUUAAGACCGAGAGAGAGGAGAGGUACGCCGGUGUACCUGGGUUGGCCCCGAGGCAUUAAACAUGGGGGCAGAUCGAGGGGGAGGGGUGUGUGGGAAAGUCAUACGAGAGGACUACGCCACCGGACGCUCAACCUAGUCUGACUUGGAGGAACUGUUUUUACCAUGGGCUUUUGUCUUUCUGCUGGCAUUCUACCUAAUUGUGACUUGUAACCAUAGUUUGCAUCUUAGAGCUGUUUUGAAUACUCAGCUGAGAAGUGAGGAUCAUGGACUGAAGGAAACAUUGCUGGAUUUUGUCUGGCAAUAUGGACCGUGACUUUCCCGGGCG